UCUAUAAAUCAGUACUUUUCCCUCUCCUUUCAUCACUCCACUGCUAAAUACUCUGCUGCCUAAAUAUUGAAACACAAAGAAACAGAUGGAACCCUCAUUUUCUAAACAUUUCUUUACAUCUUCUCUCAUAGUACUACUCUUCACUACUUGUAGCAUAUUCUGCUCAAUCUCAGCAGCUAGAGACUGUGGGAGUGGUCAAAUUCUGCUGGGCUUGCAGUUAAAGCGAUUAACUCCGUAGUUAGUAUGGCGUUAAAUUUCAGUCAUGAAUGCGGUGAUUAUUACGACAAUAACUACGCACAAUGAUUAUGAUUAUAAGUGCGCAAUGAAUGACUAUCAUAAAUACGCAAUGAAUGACGGUCGUAAGUACGCAAUGAUUAACUGUUAUUAGUGCAGCAAUAAUUGUCAUCAUAAAGUGUGUAAAUAAAUGCAGCCAUAAAAGCCGGAAUAAUGACGGCUUGCUCCCUAAGUAAGUCAUCGCCUAUAUAAAGGAGGCUCGACGUCCAGGUAAUCGAUCGAAUUCCAAUUCUAUCUACUCCACUACUGAGAAACGUACUGACUUAGGCAUCGGAGGGUUUUCUGCAUGUACCCCCCCUUCUCCUCGAGCCGACGGUCAAACUCCAGGUCAACGCUCAAAGGAAGCUUCUCGAUUGUUCCCGGUCAGCUCCCGCUCCAGUCCGCAUUCAUUGGUGAGUCAAACUCCUCUACGGAAUUUUUCUGCACUAACAGAGACCUUGCCUUGAAAACCAAUACCGAGUUCAUUAAAACAUCUUGUGGUGCAACAACCUAUCCAAAACUCUGCCUUGCCUCUCUCUCAAGCCAAGCAAGUGUCAUCCAAACAAGUCCUAAACUUAUUGCUUGUGCAGCCUUUAAUGUGACACUUUCGUCUGCUAAAUCAACCUCCACUAUGAUGUUAAGGCUCUCCCACGGCCAUGGCAUGAAGCCUAGAGAAGUUGCUGCCAUGAGGGACUGCGUCGAACUGUUGAGUGACUCGGUGGACGAGCUUCAGAGGUCUAUUUCCAAGAUGGUUAACUUUAGGAGUUCUGGUUUUGAGCUUAUGAUAAGUGAUGUACAAACUUGGGUUAGUGCUGCCUUGACGGAUGAGGGCACCUGCUCGGAUGGGUUUGCUGGAAAUGGAUUGAAUGGGAAUUUGAAGACUGUUGUGAGGGGUCGGAUUGUGAACAUUGCACAAUUGACUAGCAAUGCCUUGGCUUUGAUCAACAGAUACGCCUCAGUUCAUAGUUGAAUAAUAUAGUUUUGAUGGAAGAUAUAAAAUUCUAUGUGAUUUAGAUGUGUUUGCGGUUGUAUGCAUUCAAAUAUAUAAACUGAAACCCCUAGACUAAACAAGUUCCCACCAAGGAUUCUAUGUGAUUUAGAUGUGAAUGCUUUUGAUUCAAAUAAGAUAAAAGCCAUAUAAUGUAGAAAUAUUAAUUAGACUAGCAUGGAGGCUAAUAGCUUCUUUCGGCAGCCAUUCAUAAUGUUGUUUUUAUGAAUUGCCAUAUCCAAACUACAUUCUUAAUUAAUCCAGUUUAUGCUACCUUACAGAUACUGAACUUUAUAAUUUUCUUUGGGUCUUUCUAAAUGUACCCAGCAAAUUUCUAUGUAGACCCAGCAAGUUUUUUACGCUCAAUAAAAAAAUAGAAUUUAUAAUUGUGUACUCAGUAACUUUUCCAACAAUAUCCUUAGCAAAUAUCACAUAGAGCAAAACUUGGAUUAUCUCCACAUCAAUUCUCAGAGGUUGGGCUCCAAUCGGUAGAGGUCGAAGCGAUGCCUGAACCGGAAAGGAAGGGUCUUGGAGGGAGUGGUGGAGGCUGGGGCUUUGUCGACCUCGAGGGACUAAACUCUAGCUUGAAUAUCAAACACGAGUUCAUACCCCCAUAACCCAUAACCAAGCUCUUUGCUCAAGGAUAAUACCAAGAACAAAAACUGUUCUUCGCUAUAUCCUGCACCCAAUACCAUACUCUAACAGAAAUUAAUACCCAUCCUUGAUUCCACUCCUGCACACCACUCACUGCUUUGGUGUUAGCCAACCGAGCCCGAGCCUCUGAAAGUCCUCUUCGAACUGCAUCUCCUUGGUACAACGGUGGACUUCUUCUACUCGAGUCAGACCAAGUGAAAGGGAGGAGAAGAAAAGAAAACUUGCUGUGAAUCAAGAGAGAGUCAGACCGGGUGGAAGGGAGGAGUCUCAAAAGAAAAUUGUUCCAAUUGCUUGUUGCAGCUGCACUUUUCCACCUUGUCUCCCAUUACUUUUCCUUCCCUUUCUUUUCUCUCACCCACCGUUUCCUUGUAUCCCGUUAUUUCUUCCCUUUCCCUCUCUUUUCAGCUUUUCUACCCUUUUUAUCUUUGUUUUCUACGCCUAA